AUGGAAGAGGGAAAUCACUCGGAGGUGACUGAGUUCAUUCUCUCAGGACUAACUGAUCGUCCGGAGCUGCAGGUCCCCCUGUUUGUGUUGUUCCUACUGAUUUAUGUUGUCACCCUGGUAGGUAAUGGAGGGAUGAUCUUCUUAAUCAUUAUUGACCCCCGACUCCACACCCCCAUGUACUUUUUCCUCGGGAAUUUGUCUUUCUGUGAUCUCUGCUAUUCCACAGCAGUUGCCCUCAAGAUGCUGCAGAAUUUCUUAGUCAAGACGAAAAGCAUUUCGUACACUGCCUGUGCUGUGCAAUUAUAUUUAUGUUACCUUUUUCAAGAUGUAGAGUGUCUCUUGCUGGCUGUGAUGGCGUAUGACCGCUAUGUGGCCAUCUGUAACCCGCUGCUCUAUACGGUCACCAUAUCCAGGAGGCUUUGUAUCCUUCUGGUGGCUGGGGUGUAUGCGGUGUCAUUGGCAGAUGCAACAACAUAUAUCUACUAUAUAUUCCAGCUGUCAUUCUGCCGCUCUAACAUCAUCAAUCAUUUCUUUUGUGACACCCCCCCGUUGUUAGCGCUCUCCUGCUCUGACACCCGCAUCAGUGAGAUUGUGAUGUUUGCCUCUAUGUGCUACAUUAUAGCGAGCAGUGUUGUGAUCAUUCUCCUCUCCUAUGUCUAUAUCAUCUCCACCAUCCUGAGGAUCCGCUCUGCUGAGGGCUGGCGCAAAGCCUUCUCCACCUGCGCUUGUCACUUGAUCACAGUGGGCAUGUUUUAUGGCACCCUCCUCUUCAUGUAUUUCCGACCCACCUCCAGCUAUUCCAUGGACACCGACAAAAUAACCUCCGUGUUCUACACACUGGUGAUCCCCAUGUUGAACCCUCUCAUCUACAGCCUCAGGAACAUGGAGGUGAAGGGUGCCCUGAGGAAAGCCAUGAAUAAACUCCGAAGGAUUUCCUGA